UCCACACUGGAGGUAGGUAGGUCAUUGUCAGGCUCAAAACCAGGUACAGCUGGGCGGACUUGUUUCCUUUACUUCAAGCCACAUGGCGUUGUCAAAUCUCAUGUGACAAUCACUAGUUCACCUGGCAUUCGCUGGUGAUGGCUGCACGAUUAGGUUUCUGCUUGGGAUCACUGCUCAGUUUUCUUGACAUCGGUUGGAAAUUAUGUUCUGGGCUUACUCGAGCAGUUCUGACUAAUCUGUGCAACGCAGUAGGAAUCUUCAGUGAUCGAUGCCUAAUGAGCCCUACUCUCACAGAUGUAUAUGAUAUAUCUGCUUCCAGUGAGGUCAACAAUAGUGGACAGACUUCUCAGUCGAAAGGGCCUGAGAAUGAUAGUUCUGAUGCCCCUAAGUCCAUUUGUGGGAGCAAGUCUAGCCAGUUUGUCGACAAGACUAGCGGUUCUAAGCACGGAACAAUGUCAAGACCAGUGGAAGGAGCGAUAAUUGUCGGAGCCGGGACGUCAGGGCUUGCUGCCGCUGCAUGCCUCAGAGAAAGAGGUGUUCCAAUAACCUUGCUGGAGAAGUCCGGUUGCAUAGGUUCGCUCUGGAAGGAGAGGACAUAUGAUCGCUUGCAUCUUCACACUCCCAAGGAGUUCUGUCAACUCCCGCUCAUGCCGCUGCCUGCAUCGUAUCCGACGUAUCCAAACAAGAAGCAGUUUUUGGAUUAUCUGCAGGAAUAUGUGAAGCGUUUUGAUAUAAAGCCCAUCUACAAUACAAAUGUGGACAGGGCACAAUACGAUGAAAAUUCUAAGGUCUGGCGUGUUCAGACCCAAGGUUUCUCAUCUAGCAAUGGAAUCGAGAAGGCCGAGUAUACGGCCCGCUGGUUGAUUGUCGCAUCAGGGGAGAAUGCUGAGAUUGUCAUGCCCAAACUGCAAGGGAUGAAAACGUACAGUGGGAGCAUUCUGCACUCGAGAAAUUAUAAGAACGGUUCAGAGUACGUGGAUAAAAAGGUGCUCGUAGUCGGUUGUGGAAACUCAGGGAUGGAAAUUGCACUGGACCUUGCCAACUUCACCGCCAAACCAUCGAUUGUGGUCCGUGACUCAGUGCACGUUCUUCCACGGGAGAUUUUCGGAGCUUCAACCUUCGUGGUGGCUAUGCGACUUUCGAAAGCCUUGCCUCUUUGGCUGACUGAUUGGCUGCUUGUAUUUGGCACGUGGCUGACAUUGGGCAACCUGGCGAGAUACGGACUAAAGAGGCCCAUCGAAGGGCCUCUGCAACUCAAGCAGAAAACGGGGAAGACUCCUGUUCUGGACGUGGGGACGAUCAAUCAGAUUAAGAAUGGUAACAUUAAGGUCGUUCCGAAGGUUGUAGCACUUACGACCUCUGGGGUCCGAUUCGAGAAUGGGGAGUUCGAAUCAUACGAUGCAAUAAUCUUCGCAACCGGAUAUAGAAGCAAUGUUCCGAUGUGGCUAAAGGGCAAUUUCUUCGGGGAAGAUGGAUCUCCUAGUGCUUCAAUGCGUGAUGGAUGGAAAGGAGAGAGGGGAUUGUAUGCCAUUGGAUUCACGAAGAAAGGACUUGUUGGAACUUUCACAGACGCCACGAAUAUCGCCAAAGACAUCGGGAGAGCUUAUGAUCAUGACAUGUUGCAAACUGCUAUUUAGGUUGAGGAAUACAAUGGAUCAUUGAAGAUCUGGAAGGGCUAGGGUGGCUAGCAACACUUGUCGAAGUCAUGAACAGAUGAAGAUAUUGGCCAUGGACAACUUCAUCACGGACACAGUGUUCACAACUAUCGAACGUCGAGGCAGUGUUUAGUAAGUAAAUAGCUACUGACCCUCGGCAAAUCAGAGGAAGUGCUGCUUCUUCUCUUGAGCUUGACUUCGCGUACAACACAAUCACAAGGCAGCUGUUUGGGUUUACGCUUUGAAUCCGCUCUUUCUCUUGUUCGUUCGCUCUUUCCUAUGAAGGGAUUCAAAUGUGGAGCGGGCCGAAACCUUAAGUGCAAAUGGAAUGAUGUGUUCCAUCCCCUAUAUAUAUAUAUAUAUAUAUAUAUAUCCAUAUAUAUCCAGAUGGAAAACGAUCGAAACCAUCGAAAUUCAAAUAUGAUACAUCGAUAUCGAUCGCAAUUCAACGGAAGAACUCUCCAAGAACUUGGUUCUCCCGUUCAGCUAUGCGGCCCAAAUUUGAAUUAUGACACGUUUGGUCUUGGCGUGAAGGCCGAGAGAGUAUGUGCAUUUUAAUUGUGAAACUCAGUAGCUGUCUAAUUGUAAUAUACAGUUGCUUCCAUUCUAUCCAGAGUGGCAGGUUCAAUUCCUAAAAGAAGUCACGGUUUUUAGUUUUUUAGAUCAAAUAACAAAUCUACAAAUGUUCCUUAGAUACG